AUGCCUUUGUUUUCGUAUGAGUGUCACUGUGGUUAUUUAGUUCUCGUCGAAUGUGAUGGUUGCCCGGAAGGGGCAGCACAAAAUUUGUCAGCGGAGCUCCGGCGCCUCCCCUCUGAUGCUGUAGGGUUAUGUUCUGGCUUGCCACCACUACUUGUGACCAACAAGUACUUCACAGCAAUGGUUCAGACUGUUAUUAUCUGUGCACAUGAUUUUUCCUUCGGCACUGAACUCAAUGUGAGCUCAGUGGGAUUUGUUUUUCUCGUUGGUGAUGCAACUUCUGCCGAUAGCGUUCCGUGGCACAGCGCUCCAAUGUCAUGUCUGAUUCGUGUGGUGAUGUGCUAUGGUAGUUGUGGUGCAACAAGGGAUUUAAUGCAUGAUGCUUGCGUGCUCAACAACUUUGAGUUGAUUACACAUGGGGAGGCGUAUGAAAUGCUUUCACCCGGGGUAGAAACACGAGGGCUACUGGGCGGUGACUUAGUUGGAGCGGCACGGCUCAUCCAGAUAUUGCAUAAUACCGUAUGGCCUGAAAACACACGAGUACCACAUGACGACGCGAAGACCAUCAGUGGGACUGUAAGUAAAAAUCUUGUUGUAUUCGUUGGCGCAGACAGUGAGGAAGUAAUGAACUGUAUUGCAGCCACGGUUGGAAAUGAAGUUGUUAACUACACUGAGCAUUUCCGAUUCACUGGAUUUUGGCCACCGAAAACUGUGGUAAGUGGAAGUGAACGGGAUCAAAGGGGGUUGAAAAGGACAGAAACCUUGGAAGCACCGCACAAGAGCUUUAGAGAGGGCUUAUGCGGGACCACAUUGACGGUUGCCAACGAGCAUUAUGUUUCGUCACUGGGUGUUGAAUUCGUCCACCCCGUCAUGUUCUUCCCGGCUAUGGCAGAUCUCUUUAUGGUCAAAUACGGUGGCCGCCAUGCCCAGCUUGCUGUUGUUUGUUGGCCUCCGUUGCAACAUUUUCAAAAGGUAGGCGCGGCUAAUGGAGGUAAUGCCCCCGUCAGGCGCUUAUCAUUGCCAGUUUUCAUUGAACAAAUUAAGCGAUGGGGUGUGGAGCGGUGCGUGGUAGCCGCCACAAUGGAUACCGAUGAAGAGGAUACCAUUUCACCGUUUGAGGCACAUUUUUGUGCCGAGGGGGGUAUAGAAAUUGUGCACGGCGUUUUCAAAGCAGCUGACAAGAAACACACACACGAUAUCAACAUCACUGCGGUUGGAAUGGCACGACUGCUGGAGAUGUUACACGAAGCAAAGUGGCCAGAACGACAGAGAUUGAUUAAACUCAGCGAGUCCUUGUCAUCAGACUCUCAGGUGAAUCGUGUCCUCUUCUGGUCAAAGGCAACAACAACCGUUGAAGAAGAAACAAUUCUUUUCCAAGUGCUGAGGGAUAUGGAAGUAAUAACCCCUCGUACUGCAGGUGAGCAAUGGAAGGUUGUGCUUCCCCCAACUUUGGCAUCUGCGGUUAGAAAAGGGCCACUGGCAGUCACGACAGCUCGGAACAGAUACUUUGAAGCGGCGAUUUCUGUUCAUUGCUACGGUGGGGCGCGUGCCCUAACAAAAAGAGACUCACCGUCAUCAGCCGAGGAGCUGAGCCCCUUCGGUGUUGUCAUUAUUCUGACAACUACGCAAUCAUGUAAAAGAGAGAGCAGAAAUGGUUUGCUCACAAUUCUUAGCAACUGCCGUGCUUCCGCACGUGGCGGUCAUUGCAGGGGUGACUUGGUUCUCAACGGUCCACACGGCUGCGAAUCGGAAAUGACGCAGAGUUUGUGUGCGGCUACGGAGGUUGAACAAGCCUUUGUACUCUAUAUUGUGGAUGGUGACGAAAACAACGAUGCGCUUGUGGACGAUAUAGAGGACAUUAUAAAAGAACUGAUGUCAGAUAGUGAAGUAUCGAAGUGUACACACCCAUCUGGUGGAGGUGCGGAGGAGGAUUGGGCUAAGGGCAGCAAUGGCGACGGUUCUUCGGAGGAUCUUCCUCUGCGCACUGACGAUGACGGUUGCGAAGGCAGUUUCGAUGACCUCAUGUCGGUUGUUCCGCAGAUCGAGGUGGUGUAUGGUGCGGGACCUGAGGACGGAAUUGCGCGGUUACGAGAAAUUAUGAACCAACAUAUGUGGUCAAAUCGUGUAAUGGUGGAUAAGUGUAUCAGAAGCCACAAUGGCAGUACUAGUAGCAGCAGGAAUGCUUCUUUCAGCACCAUUAAAGCAGAGAAGGUAAAUGAUCCUUCCGUACCCCACAAUGUUAACAUUUCAGAAGCGGAAGAGGUUGAUGUGGUGCGUGUUGGUUGCGAAUUACCUCCAAAUUAUUUGAUAGAUCCUCUGACUCGGAAAUCUGUUUGGGUUGAAGCGCUUAAUGGUACUGCGUUGGAGGGAGAGCAGCAGCAGCAACAGCUCAUGUACUGGAUUGACACUAUGAAACAGCAUGGGCACCGGUUAUCACGCACUACGCGACAGCGUCAGGCCGAAAUACUCUCCAAGAAACUGGGCGAAGAGUUGGGGGUGUCAUAA